AUGACCAUAAUUCAUAGGUUUAUUUCUUACUGUUAUUUAUGGCUACCAAAGUAAAUUUAGAAAUCAGUUUAAAAAACGCUAUUUUAAUAACAGGAAAAUGGUUAGGUUUAUAAAGUAUUAAAUGCUUAAAUUCAUAGAUUGAAUUUUCCAAUGGAGAAGUGCAAAAGAUAAUAAAUUUUGAAAAUACAAUCAAUUAUAUAUAAUUUGUUGGAGUAAAUAAUUGUCUUAUAUCUUUAGUCAUUCCUUGUUAUAAAAAAAGUGAUUGAUUUAAUAAAAAGAGUAGAAAAUUAGAUUCUUUUAAUUUUAUUAGUCAUUGCAUUAUCAGGAAAAACAUAUUAUUAAGAUUUUACUGAAUAAAUAAUAGUUUUUUAUUCAUUGAUAUGUUACUUUUUAGAUAAGCUUUAAUAUUUAGUAAACUUACUCUUAAUUAGUCAUAAACUAAGAAAACAAUAAUCUAUAGUAAAUAAUUCUAAAUGCCGCAUAUUUUCAAAGUUUCCUAAUAUAUCUGAUGAAGAAAUUUAAAAGAUGGAAGAAAAAAAUUAAGACUAUUUAGAGUAUGAUAAUAUAAGUAUUUAGAUUCAAAUCCUAUAAAUCAAUUAAAUGGUCAGAAUUAUAAUUAGGAGAUAUUGUAUGUUUAAAGAGAGGAAAAUAGAGUCCUGCUGAUCUUUUAAUUUUAGACUCUAGUUAAGAAGAGCUUUUAGUUGAUUUUAAUGUUCGUACUGCUUGUUCUUGUACAUUUGUUAACAUUAAUCAAAAUACAAAAGGUAAUAUUAUGGAUUUUAUAACAAAAUUGAAUGGAUAAAUAUCUUUUAGUAUAUAAGAGUCUCCUGUAGGAAGUAUAAAAUUAAAAAAUGAUCCAAAAGCCACUUCAUUUAAUAUAAAAAAUAUGAUUAUGAAAGGAGAAACAUUAGAGAGAGUAGAUUGGAUUUUUGGAAUGGCAAUUAGAGUUGGAGACGAUUGUUGUUAUGUAUAAACAAAUGUAAAAAAGUAAAACUAUUCAUUAAAAAGUUGGUUAGUAGAAUUUCAAACUUACAUCUGUUAUUUUUGUUGGAUCUUAUUUUCAAUAUGUUUUAUAUCCAAUAUGGUUUAUUCAUCCUUUUUUUUAGAUGAAUAUUUUUUUAAAAGCCUGACUUACUGUUUAUUAAUAUUUCCUUAGAAUUUAUUAUUAUUAGAGAAAAUUUGUUAUUUUUUCAUUAUUAUAAAAAAUAAUGAAUCAUUUUAUAAAGAAUAGUAAAAAGUGAAAAAUAAAGACAAAGUUAAAAAAUAAUAAAAGUUAAGAAUAAAUGAUUAUCCAGUAGUUUUAAAAUCAUAAAAUGAUAGAAAAAUAUUAAUGCCAAUUGAAAAAUAUUUUAAUUUACCAUUAUUAUCUUUUUAAAGAUCUACUUAAUUAUUAGGAUUCAAAUCUCAUAAUCAAAAUUAAACAGGAUUUAUGAUAUUAACUUCAUAAAAUAUUUUAGAUCUUAUAAAGACUGAUAUUAUAAUUUUAGAUAAUCCAAAAUUUUUAUUUAAAGUAAAACCAAAAGUAGUAUUAUUAGUUGAAAAUUUUAAAAUAUAUCAUUUUAAUCACAAUAAACUUAAAAAUUUAAUAAAAAAUGCUUCACCAAAACAAAAAACAAAUUGUGACAAAUUAUUAAUUGAUACAAAUAGAUAAUAAACAUAAGAUGAAAUGAAAACUUUAGAUAUUGAUCUUUUAAUUUCUGAAAAACGAGUUCCAGAUUUAAGAAAUUGCUCUGAUAUUUUAUUUGCUUCAAAUUAGAUAUAAAAAAUAGGAAAUCUAAAAGAAAAAUAAUAAAUUGAUUAAAAAUAAAAUGAUACAAAAUUAAAUAAUGGUUUAGGUAAGAAAAAGAGUGCAAGGUAUAUUUUUGAUUCUUCUUUUGUUAAACAUCAAUAAAAUAGCAAUUAAAUAUUUGACAAUAGUAAAGAUGCAUCAAAUCAUAAUAUAUCUUAAUCCUUCUAAUCAUCUCAGAUUGGAUUGCAAAAAUAAAGAAGUUAAUUUAUUAAACCUGGAACAAUUAUUAAACAAAAUCCAAAUUUUAUCCAAUAGUCUUAAAAAAGAAUUAAUGAUUUAAAUUCUGAUAGAAUUAUAAGUGAAAAUUAUAAUGAAUAAGAUUUUAUUGAUAUCCUUUACAGUUAAGAUGAUAGAAUAUAUAAUGAAAUUUUAGUAAUGAUGUUAUUAACAAAUAGUAUAGUCAGUGUUUUUAAUGAAAAAUUAAAUAAAUUAGAAUUCAUAUUUGAAAAUCGUUAUGACGAAUCCAUUCUCUAAUUUUGUGAAUUACUUGAUUAUAGUUUAAUAUGUUCAACAGAAUAAGAGAAUAAUAGACAAGAAAUUAAUAGUAGAACAAUUAUUAAAAAGGUUAUUUCAAUUGGCAGUAGUUCAAAAGUUUUUGAGGUUCUUACUUUUUUAGAACCUACAGAGAAUAGGAAACAUACUUUAUCAGUAUUAGUAAGAGAUCCAGAGUCAUUCUUAUUGGAUGAAGGUGCAUUGUUAUAUACAAGAAUUGAAACAAAUAAUCAGUCAGAAAAUAAAUAUCAUGAAAAUUUAUAAGAAAUGAGUUGGGAUGGAUUAAAAACUUUUUUAUUUUAGAAAAGAUAAUUAGGAUAUGCUCAAACUAAUGAUAUUUUAAAAAAGUUAUCAGCUAUUUCAGAAACUUAUGGUAAUCGAUCUCAUGAAAUAGAAAAAUUAUUUAUAGAAUUAGAAUCUAAAAGUGAACCUAUUUUUACUAUUGGGAUAUCAUCAACAAAAUAAAAAUUAUUAUAAAAUUCAUCUUAAGAAUUAAUUUAGGAUUAAUUAAAUUAAGAAAGAAUCUUUUUCACUUUAUAAAAUUAUAACAUUAAAUUAUGUAUAAUUAUACCAGAUUCUUUUGAUGAUUUAAUGCUUUUUUUAAGAACUUAUUCAAUAAUCUAAACAAAAGAUUAAAUAAUUGAAUUUAAAGAAAAGGAUUCUUAAUAAUUAUAAUAUAAGUUUAGAUAGCAUCUUUAAAAUCUAAUGUCUUAUAAUAUAUCUAAUUAUAAUGAUAACUUUAUAAUUGUAAGUUCUGAAGCAUUUGAUAGUAUUUUAAAAGAUGAAUAUUUAAAAUAUCACUUUGUUUUUAUUUUCUAAAUGUCUGGUGGAUUAGGUGCUUAUUAAUUUACAAGUAGAUAAAAAGGAAAAUUAGCAAAAAUUCUAUCAAAAAUUAAUACAAAAAUACUUAGUGUUGGAAAUUCAUUAGAUGAUGAAUACCUCUUUAGUAAAUCACAUUUAUCAGUUAGCUUAACUAAAAAAGAAUAGGAAAUAUCAAUGUUAAAUUCUAAAUAUGUAGCUUUAAAUAUAAAAUAACUAUUAAAAAUGA